GAUCUGGGGAGACCUUCGUUUCCCAGUGCUAGACUAGCGGAGGACUCACUCACCCUUUGGAUCAGAUCGAUGGAAUGGUGGUAAGCAGCGCAUAGAUCUAUCGAGCUAGAUCGCAGAGGCAGGGUGUGGAAGUAGCGGGCGCACCUGCAUUUGGCACAGGAUGAACGAUCUUCUGGGCGGUGAUGGUGGUGCCGAUUUGGAGGCAGGGCAGCAGCGCCAGCCGGAGCAUGGGAGUGACAAGCUGCUGGGCCGCUUCUUCGACGAGGUGGGGAAGAUCAAGAGCGACAUGGAGAGGCUCAAGAUGCUGCUGGGCAAGCUACAGGCCGCGCACGAGGAGAGCAAGACGAUUCACAAGGCCAAGGCGAUGAAAGCUCUCCGGCAGCGCAUGGACAAGGACAUUGAGGAGGUUCUCGUCAAGGCCAAGCUCGUCAAAGACGAGAUCCAGAAGCUGGAUAGAUCCAACAUUGCCAGCCGCCAAGUUGGCGGAUGCGAGGAAGGGACGCCCACGGACAGGACGAGAACGGUGAUCACGGCUAACCUCAAGAAGAAUCUCCAGGACGUGAUGGCCGAGUUCCAGAAGCUGCGACACAAGAUCACGGGGGAGUACAGAGACACGCUCAUCCGGCGCUUCUUCACCGUGACGGGGAAGAAGCCCGACGACGAGACCGUGGACUACAUCCUCGAGACUGGAGAGAGCGAGAGCUUCUUGCAGCGGGCGAUCCAGGACCAGGGGCGAGGCCAGAUUGUGGAGACGAUACGAGAGAUCCAGGAGAGGCACGACGCGGUGAAGACGAUGGAGAAGAACUUGCUGGAGCUCCAGCAGAUCUUCCUCGACAUCUCGGUGCUGGUGGAGUCGCAGGGAGAGCAGCUAAACAGCAUCGAGCACCAAGUCCACCGCGCGGCAGCGUACGUGGAGCAAGGGGCGGGGAGCCUCCGCGGCGCCAGGAAGAUCCAGAGGAGCAGCCGCAAGUGUAUGUGCAUUGCCAUCGUUUUACUCCUCGUUGUCAUCCUCGUCGUCGCAGCUCCGGUCAUCUUUAAGCUCAAGAAGAAUUGAUCUACGCUCUAGCUGUAGUAUCACACAUUGUUUCAAUCAAGAUUGCUUGCUUGGUUGAAUAUUACAACUAUCUGGCUGUGUUCAUCC